AUGCGCCGGCGGCGACGCCACCGAUGGCUGUCGUCGGGCGGUCCGGGAGAGGCGACAGAGGAAGGAGAGAUCGAGGAUGACGGCGCCAUUUCGGCGGGCGUGGCGCAGCAGUCGGUGUGCUACCACGGCGACAAGCAGUGGACAGUGUCGGUGUCGUGGGGGUUCGCAUGGCUCGCCCUCACCAACACGAAGAAGGGAACAAUGAAGGUCGCUGAAUACGUUGCCAAGAUGCGAGCUCUUGGUGAUGAGAUGGCUGCCGCCGGUCGUCCUCUUGAUGAAGAGGAUAUGGUGCAGUACAUCAUCUCAGGGUUAGAUGAAGACUUCAGCCCGAUCGUCUCUGCUCUCUGCACCAAGUCCGAUCCCAUCACGGUUGGGGAGCUGUACUCUCAACUCCUCAACUUUGAAACUCUCCUUGAUCUCUACCGCAACACCGGUCAGGGAGGGGCUGCUUUCGUCGCUAAUCGCGGCGGCGGGCGCGGCAACAAAAACGGCGCCCACAACAACUUCAACGGCGGCAGCGGCAGGGGAGCGCUGCGCGGACGCGGUGGUGGCCAAGGCCAAGACAGGUGCCCCACCUGCCAGGUCUGCUUCAAGCGCGGGCAUACCGCAGCAGACUGCUGGUAUCGCUUCGACGAGGACUACGUCGCAGAUGAAAAGCUUGCCGCUGCUGCUACUAACUCAUAUGGUAUAGAUACAAAUUGGUAUAUUGAUACAGGUGCUACAGAUCAUAUUACCGGUGAGCUAGAGAAACUUACCACCAAGGAAAAGUACAACGGCGGCGAGCAGAUUCACACGGCUAGCGGAGCAGCUAGUUCUACAGAGAAGGCAACUACAGCACUUCUGAAGGAUUUAAACAAGGAGUUUGCACUUAAGGAUUUGGGUGACCUGCAUUACUUCCUUGGAAUUGAGGUAACUAAAGUUUCCAAUGGAGAUCAAGUUGCUAAUGGGUUUACAAAGUCACUGUCAGUUCCUUCAGGAGGGGCUGUGAAACAACCUAACUCUAUCCUAAAAAGGAAAACAAAUCCUAACCCUAAAACCCCACCGGCUCCCACAGCCCACGCCGCCACAGUCCCAAACACCUCGCCACUGCUGCCCUUCUCCUUCUCUCCCUCCUCGCGGCACCUGCGCGCCGCCCCUUCCUCGCCGCACCUGCGCCGCCCCCUUCCCUCGCCGCACCUGCGCCGCCCCCUUCCCUCGCCGCACCUGCACGCCGCCCUCUUCUCUCCGCACCUGCACGCAAUCUGCCCAACAUCAAGGAGGAUGCGACGAUUAAGCUCGGGCUCUAGAGGGGCCUCCAGUUCUGCAGAUGGUUCAGCUAGUGCUGCCAUCUCAUCUAGGAAUAGGACAAGGUCAUCUUCCUCUCAGCAACCUACUGAUCCUGUUCAAGAAGAGGAGCAGGAAGAUGAUGAGUUCUGGUUUUGUGGCCCUACAAGGGUGCCACCACGACCUACACGAGAGGAGGAUAAACCUGUGCUUAGGCCAAUAGGGGAUAUGCAAUGGGAGGUACAAGAUUAUGGUCAGAGUACUAGAGUCCCCAAUGGUAUCCUGACUACAUUGAUAAAAGAAAAUUUCCCUGGUGUGGUGAAAUUCAAGGGUAGAGAUGAGCCUGCAUGGUCUCCGGAACAUUACUUGCUUAAACCUGAUAAUGCAAAAGCUAAUCAAGCACGCUUGCCAAGCCUCCUCCAUCGCGUUGAGGAAGAAUUCUGGGGGUUCUAUAGGUGGGCAGAGGGGACAGAAGUGGAGGCUAGAAGAGUUGUGCACAACUGCGUCAAGAAACUCUUUGUUGAUAUAUUCUAUGAGGCUCGUAUCCUAGCUGUGAUUACUUAUCACAAGAAGAUUCUGAAAACAGAUAUAGAUCGGCCAACUGCUUGCAGGACUUAUCUCACAAAGGCGGAGUAUAUGAAAGCUAAGCCAUGGUGGUUCCUAAAUGCUGGUCGUGCGUGGGCAUUAUUGUCAGAUUUGAGGUGGUGCAAUCCAGAAUGGCAGGCUUACUCCCGUGCUUGUAGCGAACGCAGGGCAAAGAUGAAAACGCCAGCCCAUCGCCAAGGCAGUGCUAACCUUCAUCGUUACCACAAGAAUUUGGAGAAGAAAAUGGGCACACCAGUGCAUGUAUUGAAGGCUUAUGCUCAUGCCAAUAGGGUAGACCCAGACGAGGGCUACUGUGAUGAAGAUUCAUCUCAGAAUAUGUUGCUCGAGGCCUAUGCUCGCGCUUUUACUGAGAGGCACGGAGAAGACAGUAAUUGGCGGACUGAACCCAUUGAUGGUGUGGCUGUGCACAUGGCUGGUGGUGGCAAGAAACAUGGACGCUUCUUCCUGCUUAAUGGACUCCUUAAGACACCAGAUGUUCUUGCUGAUGUUGGGAGAAGCAGGUGCUCACUUGAUGAUCCACGGCCUAGCAGACGGCUGAGGCCAAACCCUGAUGAUAGUGCCCGGAUUGAGGAGCUUGAGCGUCAACUUCAGUGUGAGCGUGAGGAGAGGGAGCAGGAGAGGGAGCGGGCACGCGAGGAGAGGGAGCAGGAGAGGGAGCGGGCACGUGAGGAGAGGGAGCGGGCACUUGAGGAAAUGGAGCGGACACGCAAGGAGAUGGAGCAGGAGAGAGAGCAGGCACGUGUGGAGCGGGUACGUGAGCACGAGUUGUUCCAGGAGAAAACAAGCUAUUUUACAUGUGCUUUGGAGGUACUGCAAAGAAAGCUCAACAUAAACUUUCUGCCUCCUUGCACACCUACGUUGACUCAUCCGGCUACAUCUGGAUCUGAAGUCUCUAUUGGAAAUCCAGUUACCACCACUGAGUGACUGGUCCAUGAGCCAAAUAUCCCAGUGCAAGUUAACCUGGAUGUUGGUGCCAGUAAUAGCAGGCAGCAGCUUUAGGCGUGCAGUAUCUGAAAAUCGCUCUUCACCGAAAGAACUAGAAAUUGGGAAGUCUUUUGUGAUACCAGAAACUUGUGGGUGUUUUGGUGUGAUGUAACUGUGAAGUAGGACUGUGCCAAGUCCUGUUUGUUCUGGUGUAUGUCCUGGUUGUUGUGAUGGGCUCAUGUUGGUACCCAUUGGUUGUUCCCACUAAUUAUCUGUAGGUUUGUUGAGCAGUACUAAUUGGUACCAGCUGAUGAGGUAGUAUAUUUUGUGUAGUCGUUAUCAGCUGAUGAAGUUGUAUAUUUUGUGUAUGCCUAACGGUGCUGUGCGCUGUGGUGAGAUGCACAUUUAGUGGUGGUAACUUAAGUACUUUGUAGGGAAGAACCUAUGCUGAUGGAAAGUAUUAAUGAAGCUUAUGAACUUCAUUAUGUUA